AUGUCGGGAAACGAAAUGUACGAAUUCUUCAAACGCAAUUCGGACAAAUGGAACAUCAUAGAUUUCCUAAACGAAUGUUAUAUGGAACCGUUCGAACGAAAGAUAGAUCAAUACCUUAGAUGUCUUGAUACAAUUGCUGGCCGUGAUAAAGGCAAGAGGAAGGAAAGAGCUGAGACACUUCUUAAUAGAUACAAAGAGGCAAGAUCCUCAAACAGAUCGAAAAAAAGCGAGAAAGAACGUUCAAGCAAACAAAUUCACCUAUACCAACCAACGUUUGUGGAUGGGACUGCUAUAACCAAUGGAACUAAUAAUGGAACUAUAAAUGGAACAGAAACAUUCAUCAAAAGAGAUUCAUCUUCAAUCGGAAGAGCGUUGAGAAGAAGAAAUCAAGUAAACUAUGCCGAAAGCUCAUUAGAAGAGGAGACGGAUUCAGAUUAUGAGAAUAAACCAAAGAGAGUGAAAAAAGAAUCCACCCAAUCUUUGAAUAGAUCUUCCAAUUCCCUCCCGAACUUAACAGAUGAUAACGAGAGUGAUGUGAACGAGAGUGAUGAAAGGGAGAGUGAGGCAAUUAUUAUCAAAUUGGGUAGAUCAAAAAAACGACUAGAAUCUCGAUCAAGAAAUGAGUGGAUCGUAGGCACAAUUAAUGUGUCAAGAAAGUUUAAAGAAUACCAAAUGCAGUUAAUCGAUAACGUAAUAGAGGGUAAAGUAAAAUUAGCAUGGAAUGACAAGUAUGAAAUAUUAGCACUUGCAUCAAUAAUAGAAUCGGUUUGGACCAACUCUUUUGCAUCUUCGUUAUCUGAAGCAUGCAAUAACAUUGCAAUAGGAUUAGAUGAUAAUUUCAUAUCAAAUGGUGAAAGUGAUCUUAGUAAAAAAGCUAGCCGAGUAUUUAAUAAUCUAAAAGAAGACUUACCAUCAGUGCAAACAAAAAAGAUCACUGAAAAUGUGCAUCGAUUUAACUAUUUAGAUCCUUUGUUGAGACCAUUUUUCUGUGGAGAUUCAAAAGAUUACGAAAUAAGGUUAGAUAAAAGCGUAAAUGGAUCACUGAGAAGACCAGAUUUUAGUUUUAGAAUCGAUAAUGUUGCAAUAUUAAAUUCCGAAGUAAAGCCAUUGGGUUGCACAGAAUUACAAAAAAGUGAUGAUAUAAAUUCAUAUUUUAUGGAUUUACACUAUGAUGGUAUAUAUCGGUCAUGUCCUUUACUUGCCACUAAGUUAGUAACGGAAAGAACAUUAUUUCCAAUGUUGGUAUUGUCAAUUUAUCAUAUUGAUAAGAUAGAGCAACAAGUUCAGAGGAUUGCGAAUGAUUAUAUAGAUAGAAGGACAAGUUAUUAUAUUCCUCCUGAACAAGUUGGAUACAUUAUUGAAGAACUAGGUUCAUCCGAAUUUAAAGAAUUAUUGAGGUAA